UCCGGCAUCCUGCAUUCAGCUUUAGUGACUUCAAAAUUUCAAUUUUUCUAACGUUUGAGGGGUUUACAUACAAAUUAAUGCUGAUUUGAACCGCGAUUCCGAAAAUAAGGAGCAAAUAAACGCUAUCUGAUGGUAGCAGAACGCCGAGUCAGCCGCUUAUGACUACAAGGAAAGGUUAACAGUUUGAAUUGGUUGCGCACAAAAAUCCGUAUAAUCAAACUACAAAAUAAGUUAUUCUGUGAUCAGAAAUCGGUUUUUAACACAAUCUGAACAGCUGAACCUGCACAAAUACUCAAUACCGAAACGUUUACGUCUUCGCUGUUCUGGAUUCCAGAUUUUAUUUUCGUUGAAAUCGUUUUUAUUCUAUACAAAUUGCUCUGUGGCUUUCAGUGUGUGCUUCAAUACGUGUAACCAACAUACAGCUGUGUGAUUGAUUGAGAUUUUGGUAUAUGACCGACAAUCCAGUCUGAUUUUUGCAUUCUGGUUUCAUUGUGUGCGUGAUUGUAAUUAACUUGUCACCCAUCUCCUAGUGAUAAAAUAAAUUUUCUGAAAUGACUCCAAUGAAAGAUAACAUGAAGGUUAAAGUCACUGGUGCUGUUGAUGCUGUUACCAGGACUACAGUUGAAGAUAAUCAUGUGUCUUUGAUAAUUGAAAAUACUGAGAAUGUUAUAAAGAUUGAAACUGAUAUAUUCAAUGAUUAUGUGUGGAAUAGUACUAUCGAAAUUUCUAAAGAUGUUGCCAACGAUAAUAAUGUGAAGUUACCUUUGGAAUCUCAGGGUGUCCCAGUUAAUAAUAUUGACUUAAAUCCUAAAGAUACAAAUUAUAAAUUAUUCUACUGCAAAUAUUGUGGAAAACAGUUUAAGUUCAGAUUUGGUUUGAAUAAACAUAUUCAAAAAUGUCAUAAUCACACGCAUGAAUGCAAAUUUUGUAAACUUACUAUUGAUAAGAGUAAAUAUAAUGAACAUGUUAAAAACCAUGAAAAAGAUGAAACUAGGAUUGAUAUUACUCCUAAUAUAAAAUCGCGCAAAUUAAAUGAUGUUUGGAAAAGUGAAAUAAAUGAAUUUAAGUGUAAUAUUUGUUUUCAAAAAUGUCAUAGUGAAAAGAAUUUAGUGGAACAUAUGGAAAUUCAUGACAACGAUUCAAUACAGUGUAAUGAUUGCUUAAAGUAUGUAUUAAUUUCUAAAUUAAAUAAUCAUAUGCAAGAAUUGCAUAAUAAACAUUUUUUUAAAUGUAAGAAAUGUAACUUACUAUUUGAAAAAGAAAAAUACUUAAACUGUCAUUUAAUGCUUUGCUUAAAAAGCUCUUAUACCAAAUUCAAGCCUAAUUCAACGACUUGUUCUGCUUGUGGAAUUGCUUUUAAUAGUUAUUUAUCAUUGAAGAAUCAUAUGACUAUUGGUUGUGAGCAUUAUACUUGUAAAUAUUGUGAACAGUUUUUUAAUUCAAGGAUUUUAUGGUUAAGACAUGUGAGUGUUCAUGAAAAAGAUGAACAAUACGUAAUGUUAACAGUAAAUAACGAUAAAACAACUACAACUAGAGAACAUAAUCAAACUGAGGUUGUAAAUGAUUCUUCUUUCAAUACAAAUAAAGGACAGUUAUUAUCUACCAAUGUUACAGGAAGAAAUAGCUUAGAUCAAACUGAUUUAGUCAGCAGCAAUACAACAAUUGUAUCAACUGUUUCAAAUAAUUCAAUAACAAAUAGUUGUGUUGUUUUGAAUAGUAAUCAAGAAAAAAACUUGUGUAUAAUUAACAGAGAAACAAAUAGUUCAGAUCAAAUGAAUUUAAAAAACAAUAAUGAAUCAAUAAUUUCGACUGUUUCACAUAACUCAAUAGUGAACAAUUGCCAUAUGUUAAAUAUUAAAGAAGAAAAAAGCAUAAGUACAAAUGUCAGAGAAAGAAACAGUUUUGAUCAAAUGGAUUUAGUGAAUAGCGAUGAACCAACUAUAGCAAACAAACCUCUUGAUUUAAUGGCAAGCCCAAACCCUACUAGUAUAGAUAGUAAUAGUGUUGCAUCUAUAGUUAGGGAAACACUUUACUUCUGUAUUAAAAAAUUGCCUAAUAUUAAAAAUGUAUCUUGCAAUGACAAUUAUGAACAGACAUCGCACGUCAAUGUUAUAUUUUUAUGUAGAAUUUGUAAAAAAUCUCCAUUUUCAAAUAUACAUUUGUUUGCAUUGCAUAUGAGUGAUCACCGUGAAUGUAACAUGCAUGAAUGUAUUGUGUGUGAUAAAACAUUUAAAACUGUAUCUCUUUGGGUAAACCAUAUGAUUGUUCAUCAACAGCAAUUAGAUUUAAAUGUAUCAACAGUUCAGUGUUCUCCUAUAAAAACUGAACCUCAUACAUUAGGCUCAAUCAAAGUUGAAAAUAUGGAGUCUCAAAUUUGUACAACUUCAAAAAAUAGAAAAUUUAUAUCUUCAUCGCAUGGUUCAUAUUCAGAUAAAACAAGCUUGAAUAAUAGUGACAAAAAAAAAAUAUAUCGAUAUGACUGUAGUAUAUGUAAAAAAUUAUUUCCUUCAAAGGUUGCAUUAGAAGCUCAUCAAACACUUCAUAAUAAACCACAGUCAUUUUCUUGUAAGUAUUGUAAAAGAAUAUUUUCUAAAAAGGCUUAUUGUACAAAUCAUGAAAAAUCUCACAUUAAAAAUGAAUAUAAAAACAAAUUAUCAGCUCCUACAGAUAUCGAUUUGAAUAAUUGUAUUAAUUUAAGAAAUAAGAAGAAAUGUACAGUUUGCACCAUUUGUAAUAAACAAUUUGCAAGUGUUGGUUCCUUAAGCAAUCACAUGUAUAUUCAUUUAGAUCAUAAAUCAUACGAAUGUCAAUAUUGUAACAAAAAAUAUAUUAAGAAAGCUUAUUACAUGAAACAUGUGAAAAAACAUGUAUUCCAAAAUGGAAUUUUAAGUGCUUCCAAACUAGAAAUAAAUAAUACAACAGUUGAAGAUAAUGAAGUACCAAAAAUCGAAAAUUGUGAUGAUUUUGAGUUAGUUCAUAAUCCAGUUGAUGGAUAUUUAAAUGAUACAAAUUUAACUAACAUAAAAUUGUUUACUUGUGAUGUAUGUGAGGAAAAAUUCUCUUGUCCAUCUCAAUUGAAUCAACACCGAACGUUACAUUCUGGUAUUGUACCAUAUGUAUGCAAAAUUUGUAAUAGAUCUUUCCCCUUCAAAUUCCGAUGGAAUUUACAUUUAAAAGAACAUUAUAAAAAUAAUAUUAAAAAUUUACAAAAUAAACUUCAUACUAAUAACCAAAACUCAAAUAUUGGUAAACAAAAGAUUGAAUCUUUUCAUAAUCAAGAUACGAUGAAAUGUCAAUAUUGUAAAAAAGAAUUUAACUCAAUAUCUCAGUUGAAAAAUCAUUUAGGAAGGACCGAGGAAUGUCGUCGCCAUUGUAAAAUUAACUUUCCAGAACUUCCAUCAAAUCAAGCUUCAGAGAAUUUUACCAAAUCUUGUCGAUCUCAAUGCAAUAUUUGUAAGAAAACAUUUAGUACCUCUUACAAUCGAUUUGUACAUUUAAGAAAUGUUCACAAAAUAUUAGAUACAACAGUUUUGAAUAUUGAUAAUCAUACCAGUUUUCAAAAAGACAAAGUGAUGGAAAUAGUUCAGAACCCAGUGACUAAGGAACAAAAUAGAGAUGAUCGUAAAAAAUGUAAGUUUUGUGAUAAAUUAUACAGUAAUAAAGGUAAUUUAAGUCGCCACAUAUCUAUGGUUCACACAAACCGUUAUGAACAAAUAACCUGUCAUAUUUGUCUAAUGACAUUUAAAAACAAAUUUUCAUAUAUACCACAUUUAAAAAUGAAACACAACGACUAUUUCAAAAUGAUGAAUUAAUAAAGAAUAAAA